CACCUUACCCUUUCUCUGAGGCGAGGGUUAAGUACAGAUGAGGAAUGCUCUGCAGUGUGAUUUCAGAGCCCAUCUGAUUGUAUCCUUUUUUUUUCUUAACAAGCAGCUCAAGUCCCGGCGCACUUUCCCCGGGUUGUGUGCUCAUUCAUUCACAGGGCAGCUGGAACGUGCCAGGUGUUUGCCUUGGGGAGAAAUCCCAGCACACGAAGGAUUUCUCCGGUGGUGGAUCCUCCCCCAUCACGCGGCAGAGCUGGACCAGAGCCGCAGAUGUGCCGCGUGUGGAGCCACUGCCUCCCUUCCCGAUGGAACGAAACGCUGCCCUGAGGUUCUUGCUGCUGUUCCUGAGUGUGGGAUCCGGGGUGUCCGUGGAGCAAACGACUGUGACGUCAGGGAACAGUUCACAUGAAUUCUCAGAUCAAGAUUCUCUGCAGAGAGAUGAUCAACAUUACGAAGGUGGCGUGAAGCCAAAAUUGAAUGUCAGUCAAGUGGCAAUUGCACAGGUUGUCAGCCACAACUUCAGCAGGGAAGGGCAGUGGGAAGGAGCAUUCUGGAGGCGGUUCUCCCACAGCCACCACAGCCCCCUCAAUGUCACGGUCAAUGGCAUCCCCUGCAUCCUUUUCUGGGCCAAGAGGAUCAUGAUCAGGCUUGAAAACCACACUCAGCUGGACUUGACAGAGAAGACAUUUGGUGUCCAUGCCACAGUGGAUGUUGGAGACUCAAACUGCAGUGAAGACAGUGCAAUGCUUUCUCUGAAGUUUGGGGACAUUGGCAAUCUAAAGGGACUAGUUAUCAGGUUCUUGCUGACCACCAGCUAUUACCAGCUAUCUGUUCAGAACUGGUUCAGCCUGCACAGGCUGCAGCUGCUCUACAACCACUCGGUGCAGGCGACGUUCAAUGCGACCCGAAUCCAUGCGCCGGCGACUUACUCCUACCACUGCGACCAUGUGAGCAGCCUGCAGAGAUACGAUGCUCUCCUCAUUCCCAGCUCUGCAAAUGACCUCUCACAGCUCUGGGAAGUCACUUUUAUUGAUUUCCAGAUCCAAGGUUUUAACAUCCAGGAAGGACAUUUUGCCUAUGCAAAGGACUGUGCAUCCUUCUUCUCUCCAGCAAUACUGAUGGGGCUGGUGAUGUCCCUGAUCCUGCUGCUGGUCCUAGCCUAUGCCCUUCACAUGCUGAUCCACCUCAAAUCCCUUGACAGGCACUAUGAGUGCAAAGCUUCUCCUGCCUAUUUUGCACAGAUGAAAGACAACGACAUGGGAGAUGAGAAGGAGCCACUGAGAAACAGUGGGAAUGAGUCCUAUGAACUUAGAAACAAGCAGUUUGGUAAAAUCUAUAUUUAGCAAUGUGCAUCUAAGUGAAACAAGAGGUAUUUUCUUCUGCUGGCACUGUUGUGUGUAGUUGGCGCAGGUCUUUCACCAGCUGAUGAAAGGAAAAGUAGGUAACAGACUGUUUAAUUGGUUAUUUAUUGAUCAUCAUCUUAAAGACGCCUUGGGAAACAAGCUGAGAUAAAAAAAAAUUCCAUUGUGAAUAAGAGAUUCAUGUUAUGGGACUUUAUUCCUGUAGCAAAAAGCCAAAAUGCAUAGCUUUUCAUCCUGCUUACAAGGUCUUGAAGAGAGAAUCAGUAUUGAAGACUUUGAAAUCAAAUAAAGAUACUAAAUAUAUAUGUAUCUAUAUAUAGAUAGAUAGAUAUAGAUGUAAAUCUCUUAACUUGUUCUUUCAGAAGGCGAGAUAUUUCCUCAUUUUGUAUUUCCUCUGUCUUGACAAAAUAUCAUAAAUUUCUUUCUCAGGAUGUGCUUUGCUUUUAUUUUCCAAGUUACAUCCCCUCCUCUUAGUCGUCAUAAACUCCUUUUCCUUCAGAGCCACUUAAGCUGUGUUUUUAUCCGCAAUGAUGGCUCCAGAACAGCAGCAUCCUGAUACUUCCCUGUGUCUGAGCUGGAGGCUUACUCUGAGGAUCCAGUGGGAGAGCACCAGACAUCUGGUCAAAGGCUUACCCUUAACUUCCUGGCUCAACUGCACGCCAGAAGAGGGAUUAUGAGCAUUAUACCCUGUAAUUCAAGGUUAAUUUCUUUCCUAUCAAAUCCCAUCAGUCUCCCUUGUGAAUUUUACCUGAAUGGGGAUAACCAGUGCUAUAAUUCAAAAUCUAUAUAAGCAAAGCGGAGGAAGCUCCUUAGCAGUGAAAAAGGUACUGUGAUAUGAUUUUCAGUGCUCUAUCUGAGCAUUUAGGACACGGUGGCCCUCAAACUUGUCCUUUCUUCCAUUAGAGGCAAAGUUUGGGAACUCCAAAUUAGCCAUGAUUUGGCCCUGAUUUCCAGUAAGGAAGAGCACAGUAACAUACCAACUAUAGUGCUUUUAGGUUAUAAGUAAUACUAUGUAAUAGUAAGUAAUAAUAUGUUAGAAAAUCUUCUACAAAUACAGAUUUAGCAGGCAUGUUUUAUGCCUGUUUAAUUUUAGAUAAUAGAACUAAUUAGUUGUUUGUAGUCUUCGUAAACUGUACUGCAGUGGUCUUUAAACACCUUGAGAGGUGUCCAAAGAUCUCCUAAUUAUUAGGUAGGCAUUCCUGAAUAUUUUCUGGUUUGUUGAAGUU